GCGAGCAAGCGGAGCCUCCCGCCGCCGCCAUGGGCUAGAACGACCUGAUGGGCACGGCCGAGGACUUAGCCGACCAGUUCCUGCGCGUCACCAAGCAGUACCUGCCGCACGUGGCGUGCCUCUGCCUGAUCAGCACCUUCCUGGAGGACGGCAUCCGCAUGUGGUUCCAGUGGAGCGAGCAGCGUGACUACAUCGACAGCACCUGGAGCUGUGGCUACCUGCUGGCCUCCUCCUACGUGCUCCUCAGCCUGCUCGGGCAGCUGACGGGCUGCAUCCUGGUGCUGAGCAGGAACUUCGUGCAGUACGCCUGCUUCGGGCUCUUCGGAAUCAUAGCGCUGCAGACCGUCGCCUACAGCAUCCUCUGGGACCUGAAGUUUUUGAUGAGGAACCUGGCCCUGGGAGGAGGCUUGCUGCUGCUCCUGGCGGAGUCCCGUUCUGAAGGGAAGAGCAUGUUUGCGGGCGUCCCCACCAUGCGCGAGAGCUCCCCCCGCCAGUACAUGCAGCUCGGAGGCAGGGUCCUGCUCGUCUUGAUGUUCAUGACCCUCCUCCACUUUGACGCCAGCUUCUUCUCGAUUCUCCAGAACAUCGUGGGCACAGCUCAGAUGAUCUUAGUGGCCAUCGGUUUUAAAACCAAGCUGGCCGCCUUGACGCUCGUGGUCUGGCUGUUCGCCAUCAACGUGUACUUCAACGCCUUCUGGACCAUUCCCGUCUACAAGCCCAUUCACAACUUCCUGAAGUACGACUUCUUCCAGACCAUGUCGGUGAUCGGAGGCUUGCUGCUGGUGGUGGCCCUGGGUCCUGGGGGCGUGUCCAUGGACGAGAAGAAGACGGAGUGGUGACUGCCCCCGUCUGCGAGGACCGUGGCUGCCGAGGAUGGUUCGGGUGGAUUCGACCUAACCGCCAGCAUUUAUGUAUCCUCUCCCCUUCCCUCCCUUGGUAAAGGCACAGAUGUUUUGAGA